AAUCCAACCAUGGCCCCUUCCGAACAAUACAAACCUGGGUUCGUUCCCGACUUCCAGCCUCAGAACGCUGUACCAGGCAAGCAGCACAAGCUCGACCCCGAACCACACGACCGCGAGCUGCACGACGGCUCGCUCUAUAAGCCUGCUGGGAAACUGGAGGGGAAGAAAGCAUUUAUCAGUGGGGGUGACUUGGGGAUUGGAAGAUCUGUCGCUAUCCUGUUCGCGCUUGAAGGGGCAGAUGUGAGCAUCGUACACCUUCCGGAAGAGGAGAAGGACGCGCAUGAUACGGUGCAGAAGAUCAAAGAGUGCACUGGUGGAAAGCGGAAGGUGCAGCUGUUGCCGAUCGACCUUACCAAGGAAGAGAACUGCAAGAAGGCGAUUGAGCAGCAUAUACAAGCAUUCGGGGCGCUGGACUCUCUGAUUCUAAACCACGGCACCCAAAACGCCGUCAAGUCGAUCGUCGACCUCUCCUCCGCCCAGUGGCACCACGUUUUCGACACGAACAUCCACUCCUUCUACCUCGGAAGCACGAUAGUCUUCAACGCGAGUAUAAAUCCCUUUGUGGGACAUCCGGAGCUGGUGGAUUAUACGAGUUCCAAAGGGGCUGUUGUCGCUUUUGCUAGGGCGCUGAGUAACCAGCUUGUGGGAGAAAAGGGAGUUAGAGUGAACGUUGUCUGCCCAGGCCCGAUAUGGACGCCCCUUAUCCCCGCGACGAUGUCCGAAUCUUCCCAGAAAUCGUUCGGGAAGAACGUGCCGAUGCAGCGACCUGGACAGCCUAUAGAGUGCGCGACAUGCUUCGUGUUUUUCGCCAGUCCGGAUAGUGGUUACCUCAGUGGGCAGACGUUACAUCCGAAUGGUGGUAGUUAUAUGGGCUAAGUGACAGAGGUUAAGUGUGUAGACCGGUUACUACCGUUCCUGAGUCUCUAAAUUGAAU